CCCGGCACUAAGCCUGCGACUGAUUCAUAGCCCAAACUUACGGAGGUGGGGGCCGGGGCAGCUUCCCAGAGCGAGCCCCUGGCCGCGUUGUCCCCGCGCCUUCCACGACCCGGGAGGACAAGCGAGUUCCCCCCACCCCCCAAGCCCCGCAGCGCUUCGACAUCUCGGCCCCAGUUAGCAGCCGAGCUCCAGGACCUGGACGAUGUACAAGGAUCUAAACAAGUGAUGACUGUAAAUCCACUUUGAACAAAUUCUGAUUCUCUCCUGAUGCCAACUGAAAGUAGAACAGUGAUACUUGAAAGUGAUAUUGACCGGAAACAUAUUUCAGGAUAAAAAAUAAAUUACAACUGGUAGAAAAAUAAGCAAUGGCUCUCUUCCUGACCCUUCAGACAGUAUUUCUGUUGGCACUGAUGGAUUUUAGCACAUGCAGAAGUAAUGGAUCAUCUGAGUAUUUAAUAUAUCCUGUUAAAUCUGUUAAUGUUUCCAUGCAUUCUGAUAAACAGUGCUUGGAUAUAGAAUGGACUGUUCACCCACAUGCUUAUACAUUGAAUUUAAAAAUGAUUUUCCAAAUAGACAUCAGAAGAACUACAAUCUCCAACACCAUUGAGAAUAAAAAUUUUACCACAACUUUGAAGCCUAAUGCAACUCUGCAGUGGUUUUGGCAUUCAAUGCUCCCUUUAGAAUGUACCUCUCAUUUUGUAAGAAUCAGAAGUAUGGUGGAUGAUGAACGAUUUCCAGAGUCUAGGAUCUGGAGUUCCUGGAGCUCAUGGGUGACAUCAAAGGGGCAGGAUUCCUCUGGCGAAUUUCACAUUUUCCCUUUUGAUCUAAUAUAUGUUGAAGAAGGUUCCAAUGUCACCUUUUGCUGCAUUUCCGAGACAGAUAAUGAGAAAAUGGAAUUUUUUUAUGAAGCCAGAUCUAUACAGGGAAGAAAACUGAGUCCCCGUUUGACAAUGUUUGAAGUGAAUAAUGUUACUUUUCUUAAGGAAGAAGGGUCAAAUGCUUUAUGUGAUGUGGGAAAAGAAAUCACAGGUGUUGUCCUAUAUGUAGGAGGAGUGCUUGAAGAACCCAAGGAUUUUUCUUGUGAAACUCGGGAUUUACAGACGUUGAAUUGUACCUGGGAUCCAGGAAGGGACACGUUGUUGCCGGAGCGUCAUCUUUCAAACCACUACAGUUUAUUUGAAUGGUUUUCCCAGAAAAAGGUUGACUGUGUUCAUAGAAAUUGGUGUACUUGGCAACUUGCCCCAGACAUGCAGGACAUGUAUAACUUCACACUGACGGCUGAAAAUAAACUAAGAAAGAGAAGAACGAGCAUUUUAUUUAAUGUGACACACAAAGUUCAACCAAAGCUUGUUGGUGAAAUAUCUAUUAAAAAUGUAGGUGCCACGGAGGCAACAUUGACAUGGCAAAUUAUUCCCAAUCAAAAAAGGCUCAGUUUUUUGUGUCAGAUUGAAGUCUAUCAUGAUGGAAAAACAAUACAGUACAACACUUCCAACUUUAAAUUUACUUUAAGAGAAUUGCAACCUUAUACUGCCCAGUCAGUUCGAGUACGCUGCGGCACAGCCAACCACUUUUGGAAAUGGAGUGAAUGGAACACCAAAAACUUCACCACAAAGGAAGCUGCUCCCUCAGGGGCUCUCGAUGUCUGGAGAAUUGUGGAACCAGUUUCAGGAGGAUAUAAAGUGAAAAUAUUCUGGAAGCCACUACCAGCAUUUAAAGCUAAUGGAAAAAUUCUAAAUUAUAACAUAACUUUUGAAAAACUGGGGAAAGUGCCUGAGGUGGACAGCUUUUCUGAAUCAGACAGUAGUAGCACAGAAAAAAUUAUUGGCCAACAGCCUUAUCAGAUCAGCGUUGCAGCCAUCAAUAGUGCUGGAUCUUCUACUUCUUCAGUCAUUGUGGUCUCUGGAGAUAGUGAAAACAGCAUGCAAAACAUAAAAGAAGAUAGAGUUAAUGGCACAGGGGAUGGAAUAUAUCUAUCUUGGAAACCUGACCCAAGAGAAACUGGUGGUUAUGUUGUUGAUUGGUGUAACUACCCUCUGGAUGCAGUCUGUGAUUUCCAAUGGAAGAAAUUCAGUUCUAAUACCACCAGCGCAGUCAUCAGAUCUGCUGAUUUUCAGUCUGGAGUAAGAUAUAACUUUAGAAUAUAUGGAUUGUCUACAAAACAUGAAGCUUAUUUGCUAGAGAAAAAAACAGGAUACACUCAGGAGCUGGGACUUGAUUGCAAACCAAAGGUAAUCAUUGACAAUUUGGCUUCCACUUCAUUGACCUUGACUUGGAACGAUAAUUGCACUGACGAGCCCCAGAAUGGCUUCUUUAAAGGUUACCAUAUUUAUGUGAAACCUGAAAAAGGGGGAUCCUGUGACCCAGAAACAGAAAAGCACAUUUUUCCAGAUAAUAUAGUAGGCUGUCUAUACACAGUUCCAAAUACAAAACGAAAAACUUUCAAUGUGAAAAAACUGCAGUCAAAUUCAACAUAUAGCUUUGAAGUCAAAGCAUACACAGGAGGUGGAGACAGUCUUGGUGACUUUAUAAAGGUCACAACAGGAACCCAUGAAAACACCAGUUUAAUGAUGACUAUAAUAUUUCCAAUGGCCUUCUUUUCUCUGCUGCUCAUCAUCGGGUUGAACUUGAAAAUCCAGUGGGUGAAGGAGAAGUGCUUCCCUGAUAUUCCAGACCCUUAUAAGAGCAGUGUCCUAUCACUGAUGAAAUUCAAGGGCAAUAUUCACCAGGCCAUACUGAACACCAAUGACUGUAUUCCUGACGCCAUUGAAGUCGUGAACAAGUCGGAAAUAAAUAAAACAUGGGGAUCAAAGACAUUACUUGUAGGGAAUGAGGUCACCAAGCCUGCCUAUCUUUAUCUCCUUCCAACAGGAAAAGAUCCUUUGCCCUCUCAACCCUGCAUCUGUUUUGAGAACUUCACUUAUUGUCAGGCAGCAUCUGAUCCUGGUUCUUGUAGCCAAAUUCAGAUAAUACCCACUGACCCAACAAGGUCUAUGGAGCCUUCUGAGCAUCUAUCAAAGGUAGAAAAGGACUACAUUGGAUCAUUGGGCAAUAUUCCUGCUGGAGAGGAAGCCAGUUUGAAUUAUGUAUCCCAGUUGGCUCCAACCAUGUCUGGAGACAAAUACAGUUCACCUAAUCUUACUGAGCCAGCACACUGUUCAGAGUAUAAAAUGCAAAUGGUGAUGCCCACAGGCAUGGCACUGUCCUUUACCCCAGAAGGUGAUAGACCCAGCUCAGUCGCCUCUUUAGAUCAAAUUGAAAAACCAUGCUAACCAGUGUACAAGUUUCAUCCCUUCAUGCUCCAUGACACUAAGAGUUCCAUAUCCUCAGUGCUUAUGGACUGAAGGUGCCACCUUAGUGGUACAUGUUAGUGGUACCAUCCUUCAGUCAAGCAAAAGACACCUGGAAUUGCAUGCCCAAGGGGUCCUAUCGGAACAUGGAAAUCCUGUUGGGCUUCAUGGCCAGAGGGACAUUUUGCACAUCCUUCUUGCUUACCUGUGAAAAAGAAGGCUGACCUUAGAAACAGUGCCUGAGGGAGCUUAUUUGCUGUGCUGCCUCUUUGUAAUAAAACUAGUUUUCUGAUAGGCACUUUAGCUUUCUCUCAAUUUUUUUAAAAAAAAAAGAUGGCUUUCAAGGCUGUCAUCUUGGGACCUUCCAACUCCAUUUCUGAGAGAAACUUUUUCCACUGAGUGAGUCUUGCUUCCACACUUAGUAGUAUAGAGACAAAAGGAUUAUAUACUUGGAUGCUCAUGUUAUAAAUUGAGUAUCAAGGUUAUACAUUUCAGCAAAUGCAGUUUGUUGGUGGGCAUUUAUUCUGGCUAGGUACUGUGGGAACAGAUCCUGAGGGAUCUUGGGAUUGAUGUUUUGGAAUAUGUAUUGAAGUAAUCUGAAGAUGAGGAUGUGGCUACAUGUGCAUCUGAAGGAAGUGAGAACAAAUGUGACUGUAACAAGCUACAAGACAAUGCAUUGAUCUAACUUUCUACCACUGGAAGCUCUUCCACUUUCUUUCAGUGCCUUUUUUUCCUACUCUGAGAUUUUUCUCUUUUUUUCCUUAAAAAAACCCCUUCACCAUCAAUAGGUAUUCUUUUUCCAUCAAGAAUAUCACCUCUGAAAAUCUCCCAGAUUCUGUUUGUGGUGGGAAGUUAAAUAAAAAAGAAACAACACUUAUUUUAACACUCUCAAAAAGAAAUGUAAAAUACCAGGUUUAAUGAAACAAACUUUAGGUGUUAAUUUAGGAAUAUUAAAAACCUACACUGCAAAAAUGACACAUGAGUCAAGUAUUUUUAAUGGCCUGAUCCUUAAGGCCAUUACAUUCUCUCACAUUCAUCCCCUUCACUUCCAUCUAUGAGGUCAUUACCCAGUUCCUAUUUCAUGCCCUUAUUUGCACGGUUGUUAUUAUCUCCUACUUGUUUUCCCUGCUUCAAUUCUCUAUUCUCCCAAUCUCUAUUCUCCAAAUCCAUCUUUCUCCCAGUUGCCAAAAUAAUAUUGAUAAGGUACUAUUCUGAUCAUGUCACUCCCUUCCUCAAAAGAUUUUCAGUGGCUCCCCAAUUGCCACUAGGAUAAAAAUAUCAACUCCAAUUAGUACUUAAAAGCACUUUCCAAGAUGAUUCCGGCUUAUUUUAAUGAACAUUUCAGUUCAUUCACCUUCACAAUCUCUGUCCCAAGUAAAAAUCUGUCUCUUGCCUCCAUAUAUUUGCAAAGGCUGUUCCCCCUUCAUGAAAUGUAUACCCUUCUCACUGCUACGUUAGCUCAUUUUAAAAUUUAAUUUUCAAACAAAGAUUAGUCUUUUCUCUCUCCUAGUUCCCUCCCUCCUUGUCCCCACUGAAAAGUAAAAAACAAAACAAAUAAAA